AGAACUCGCAACUUGGGAACUGCGAGGUCCGUCAGUCAGGUGCAGACAGUUGACGUGUUCGGUUGACAGAGGCGGAAAUGUGCACUAGUUUAUUUAGCCAAAUAUAAAAAACCACUGACACACACAGAGCGCUCGAGCGAGCAGGACAGCAAGCAGCGGGCGAGCGAGUGCGAAGAUAGCCAGUCGAGAGUCGAGAUAGCCCUGUUGAUGGACACAACAGCGAUGUCAGCAGCAACUGGAUAAAUGAUAAAUAAAAUGUGUAAAGUAAAUGCGACAACUACUGGCAAAUAGCAAAUAGAGCAAGACAAACAGCAGCAGCAGCAGCAGCAACAACAAGCGCCUGUGUGUCCGUGUCCCCGUGUGUGUGUGUGUGAGAGAGAGCGAGCGCGCGCGCGUGUGUGUGUGAGUGCUUUGUACAUGUGCCAGUGUGAGUGCGUGUCACAUAUCAGCAGAAGAAAAACCAGCAGCAGCAGCAGCAGCAGCAGCAGCAGCAGCGGCGGCAGCAGUGGAAAAGCGCGCAGCCAAGUCGGAAAAUUUGUAAACCAAGUCGGCAGAGCAGAGGCACCGCGGGAGCAGCGCAGCAGCAGCGACGCCAGCAGAAGCUCGCAUCGCCCACCACAGGAGGCUGCCACGCCCCACGCCCCACGCCCCUCUCCAGGAAGCAGGACGCACGGCGCACCACACCCCACUCCCAACAUGGGCAGCGGACACUACUUCUGGGCGAUCUUAUACUUUGCCAGCCUGUGCAGUGCUUCACUAGCAAAUAAUGCCAAAAUAAAUUUCCGAGAAAAGGAGAAAAAAGUCUUAGAUCAAAUUUUAGGUGCAGGCAAAUACGACGCCCGAAUACGACCAUCUGGAAUAAAUGGCACAGAUAAUAAGGCCACCAAUGUGUCGGUGAACAUGUUCCUGCGCUCCAUAUCGAAAAUCGACGACUACAAAAUGGAGUACAGUGUGCAGUUAACCUUCCGUGAGCAGUGGACGGAUGAACGCCUCAAGUUCGACGACAUUCAGGGUCGCCUCAAAUAUCUGACCCUGACGGAGGCGAACCGCGUGUGGAUGCCCGAUCUGUUCUUCUCGAACGAGAAGGAGGGCCACUUCCACAACAUCAUCAUGCCCAAUGUGUAUAUUCGCAUCUUCCCCAACGGCUCCGUGCUUUAUAGUAUACGUAUCUCGCUGACAUUGGCCUGUCCAAUGAACCUGAAGCUGUAUCCGCUGGAUAGACAGAUCUGCUCACUGCGGAUGGCCAGCUACGGCUGGACCACCAACGACUUGGUCUUCCUGUGGAAGGAGGGCGAUCCCGUGCAGGUGGUGAAGAACUUACACCUACCUCGCUUCACGCUGGAGAAGUUUCUGACUGAUUACUGCAACAGUAAAACCAACACCGGUGAAUACAGUUGCCUCAAAGUCGAUCUACUAUUCAAGCGAGAAUUCUCAUAUUACUUAAUACAAAUUUAUAUACCAUGCUGUAUGUUGGUCAUUGUAUCAUGGGUAUCAUUCUGGCUGGAUCAAGGAGCAGUGCCGGCGCGUGUUUCACUGGGUGUCACCACCCUGCUGACCAUGGCCACCCAGACGUCGGGCAUCAACGCCUCCCUGCCGCCCGUUUCCUAUACGAAGGCCAUCGAUGUGUGGACAGGCGUGUGUCUGACGUUCGUGUUCGGGGCCCUGCUCGAGUUCGCCCUGGUGAACUAUGCAUCCCGAUCAGACAUGCAUAAGGAGAAUAUGAAAAAGAAGCGCCGCGAUCUGGAGCAGGCCAGUUUAGAUGCCGCUUCAGAUCUGCUAGAUACAGAUAGCAAUGCAACGUUCGCAAUGAAGCCGCUAGUACGCCACCCAGGCGAUCCGCUGGCCCUGGAGAAGCGGCUCCAGUGCGAGGUGCACAUGCAGGCCCCGAAGCGCCCCAACUGCUGCAAGACCUGGCUGUCCAAGUUCCCCACAAGAUCCAAGAGAAUCGAUGUUAUAUCGCGGAUCACCUUCCCGCUGGUCUUCGCCCUGUUCAACCUGGUCUACUGGAGCACAUAUCUCUUCAGGGAGGAGGAGGAUGAGUAAAUGCCGUUACCUAUUGCCAAACACCAAUUACUUUAUAGAAGGGUUGGCGCUAUUGGCCAACACGAAUGUACUAACCUAUUUCUUUCAUUCUUUUCCAUUUCGGUUGUCUUCAUUUCAUGCUUUGUGUUGCUUAUGGCUUUGUUGGCUUCAUUUCCGAUUUGGUUGAUUUCUUGACACCUUGAUUGACUCCUUGAUUGACACCUUGCUUGAAUGGUUCAAACCACUAAAGGACCUUCUAAGGCGCGUCUCUGAAAUGCGGUGGCUAUGUAGAAUCUAAUACGAAAUUAACUAAUUAUACCGAGGGAUACGUUGCCACGUGCUACAUUUAUGGUUAUGUCUCGGAACAGUGCAGAUAAGUUAAGAACGGUAUCCGGCAAGGCUCCAUGGCACUUCCACUAAACAAGUAAAAGAAAAAAAAAUGAUGAAUGACGAAUGACGAAAUUCUAGUUAAUUGUAAGUUAAAUUGAUCAAGAGUGACUGCAUAGUAGAUAAUGUUAUGAAUAAUUAUACUAUACACAAACGACACACACCGCAACACUUGUUUGACUUGAUUUGUUUUGAGGAUGCUCCAAAUUGUUACAAAUUGAUGAAUUAUUUUAGCUGGUUAUCGACGACGAUAAUCAGGUCUUGUUCCGGACUCUAGCUUAGUUCUAAACAAAAUUGCAAUUGAUUUGUACUUAAAUGCGUUAAGUUAGUUAAGCCGCAAACAGCGAGAGGAGGUCGUAGAAAAUUCGACUUUUGUAAAUAUGUCAUACAAUAAGUUUUAAGCGAACUAGUUUAUAUGAAUUCUAAUUGUAAAAAUCGUGUAGAUACAUUUAAGUUUAGUCGAUAAACAAACCACUAACCGAAGCGAGAUACCUAGGUAAAAUCAAUUUAAUUAUGUUCACCAUCGAAG